AUAUGACUUACACUGCUUACAGCUUACACAUAUUCAACUUAUCAAUUUUCAGAAAACGGAGAUCUAGAUUACGGAUCCGGCUACAUAUUUUCAACAUUCAACUGUGAAUACAACAAUUUAAGUGAACAAUUAUUAUGCAAAUAUCUCUAGACUUCAGUCUGUUAACUUGAUAUUUUUAUAUUUGUAUAAUAUUCAAUUUUUAAAAGUAAAACUAUAAAUUACCGUUCUAACUUCUUAAUUAUAUAUUUAAGCAUCUUAAGUCAACCUAGACAUCAAUUAUUAAAAUUUAUUUUAAAAUAAUAAAACGCUACUUAGAUAUUAACUUUUGAAACAUGACAUCGAUAUUACGUCAAAUGAUUAACAUCAAUAAAACGACAAGAAUUAGUUCAAUGACUUAUAAACAAUUUCUAAGUACUAAAGCUGAUGAUCCAAUUCAAUCACAUAUAGGAAAGUUAGUAAAGGGUAACAAAAUUGUUGUCUUCAUGAAAGGUGUACCACAAGCUCCCAGAUGCGGCUUUAGUAAUGCAGUUGUUGAUAUUUUAAAUAUUCACAAAGCUAAAUUUGAAGCUCAUGAUGUAUUGAUUGAUGAAAGUCUUAGAAAUGGAAUAAAAGAAUAUUCCAAUUGGCCAACAAUUCCUCAAGUUUUUAUAGAUGGAGAAUUCAUUGGCGGUUGUGAUAUUAUGUUGGAAUUACAUAGAUCAGGUGAAUUAGAUAAAAUACUAGAAAAGAACACUCAAGAAAAGCCUGCAGCAUAAAUUUGUUAAAGUGUUAUUUAAAAUUUUAAGAAUAAUGUAGUUUCAUUCUUAUUGAAUUAACAAUAAAAGAGUAAAAUGUAUUGUUAAAAAUUAAUAUAUGUUUAAUUUAAACUAA